AAAAAAAAAAAAAAACAUGCUGUCGUUAACAAGAUAAUGUGAAUGGACUCAGGUUUAUUUUUGUGUUUUCGAGCUGACGAUGCACCGAGUCACUGCUCACCGAUGAUGAGUCUCUGAUGGGAAGAAGGAGGGAGAUGAGCACGACCGGACACCGGGCUGGCUCUUUAAAGCAGGAGGCUCUUGGACGUGCACGGGCAGUUGAGCUGGGAUCGUCCAGCUCUCAGGUCGGUGUGUGUGGAGGAAGAAACACUUGCGAACGUUUCCACGCAAAGCUGCAGAGACAGUGCUGUCUCUCUGGGCCCUCUUAGAGAAGCAGUUUUACUCUUGGAUGAGCGCUGGUCCACCCUGAGGAUGGAGAAGUACGAGAAGAUUGGAAAGAUCGGAGAGGGCUCCUACGGCGUCGUCUUCAAGUGCAGGAACAAAGACACAGGGCAGAUCGUCGCCAUCAAGAAGUUUGUGGAGUCAGAGGACGAUCCCAUCAUCAGAAAGAUUGCACUGAGGGAGAUCAGGAUGCUCAAGCAACUGAAACACGCCAACCUGGUAAAUCUGAUCGAGGUUUUUCGGCGUAAACGGAAGCUUCACCUGGUGUUCGAGUACUGUGAUCACACAGUCCUCAACGAGCUGGACCGACAUCCCAGAGGUGUUCCAGAGCACCUGGUAAAAAGUAUAACCUGGCAGACGCUUCAAGCUGUUAACUUCUGUCACAAACAAAAUUGCAUCCACAGAGACGUCAAGCCAGAGAAUAUUCUCAUCACCAAACACCAGGUCAUCAAACUCUGUGACUUUGGGUUUGCAAGGAUUCUCACUGGUCCAUGUGACUACUACACGGACUACGUUGCGACUCGCUGGUAUCGGGCCCCCGAGCUGCUGGUGGGAGACACUCAGUACGGCCCUCCGGUGGACGUGUGGGCGAUCGGCUGCGUGUUUGCCGAGCUGAUAUCAGGGGUCCCUCUGUGGCCCGGGAAGUCCGACAUGGACCAACUGUACCUGAUCAGAAAGACCCUCGGAGAUCUGAUCCCUCGUCAUCAGCAAGUUUUCAGCAACAACCAGUUCUUCAGUGGAGUUUCCAUCCCAGAGCCACAAGAGAUGGAACCUUUGGAGCAGAAAUAUCCAAACCUGUCACAUCAAGCUCUGAGUCUCAUGAAGGGUUGCCUGAGGAUGGACCCGUCUGAGCGGCUGACCUGCGAGCAGCUCCUGCAGCAUCCGUACUUCGACAGCCUGCGAGAAAAAAGCGAGAGCACGUCCCGAGAGCAGGACCGCUCCAGCAACAAGAGGACACGUUUACCGCGCAAACACCUGCCCCCCGGGUAUUUGCCACAGCUGACGGGCAGCAGUAUCUUCCCAGCUCUGGACAAUAAGAAGUACUACAACAACCUGCGCAAGUUCAACUAUCACCUACCAAACAUCUAAACGCACCGAACCUGAUUUGAAUUUAACCCCGAACAAACAUCAGCGUUUUCUGAAAACCUCAGGAAAUGAAGUGAAUUCUGGUGGCACCUUGGUUCUUAAAGCAUUCAAGAGGGUUCAACCACUUCUUCACGUUUGUUUUUCACAUGAGGUGUGUCAGGUGUGUCUUCAUAUUGAUGUCAGUCUAUGCACUAUUCCCAACACGUCGACUCGGACAUGUUGGUUUAUGUAUGUUGCCUACAUUUCAAGCUGAUUUGGUUGGAUAUUGUAUAGAUACGUAAAGACGCGGAGCGAUGUGCUGCUCUGCUCGUAGCCGCUAUGUAGACUGAAGGUUAAAAUUAUGACGUACUGCCUUGCCUGGUUUGCCAAAUGUAUUUUUUUAUAAUGAUGGACUCUGUAAGAGUGACAUGUUUUGGUAGUGAGUUUCAUGUUGUUUAAUUGAUUGUCUCGAGUAAGUUAUAAUGUAGGACACAAAGUUUGACUUUGACUUUUGUCACGUGAGAAUCUCAGAAAAUAUUUAUUGACAUAAGGAGUGAAUACAGUUGUAAACAUUCCCUUAACCCACCUUCACUGGCAUUUAGCAGGAGCAAUACCACAUUGUACUCAUUAUCUCUGGAACUUUGGUGCUAAGGAUGUUUUCAGCCAUCUGUCUGUCCUCAGAUAUUGUACAAAUGCCAAAUUAAUCGAAAGAGAAUGAGUGAUGAAUGAUUCAAAAGUCUCUUGAAUCCUUGAAAUCCUCAGCAUGUUCACAAACUGUUUCUCUCUGUGUGUCCAUAGACUGUGUGGAGUAACUUUUAAUACCUUGAAUGUUGAGACUAUAAUAAAGAAUAGUUCACUCUAUCAGAAAAAGUCUGGUGUCAACAACA